AUGUGUGGAGCAACAGAAGCUGGUGGAAAGCAGGGCUUGGGUGGUAGCUCCACUCCACCUUUGGUCUUUGAGAUUCACCUGUGUACCCAGAACAUCGAGCUGCUCCAACUUCACAUAAAUUGUGUGUGGGGCCCAGAGAGUCUAUUAAAAAGAGCUUUCUGGUUUAAACAAAUACCCUUAAAACUCUUCUGGGGCAUUGCAGGAAAAGAAGUCUGCUACCCAAGACUUGGAUGCUUCAGCGAUGAUUCCCCGUGGGCAGGAAUUGUGGAAAGACCCCUCAAAAUAUUGCCCUGGACUCCAAAAGAUGUCAACACCCGCUUCCUCCUAUACACUAAUGAGAACCCAAACAACUUCCAAGAAAUUGUUGCAGAUCCAUCAAUUAUCAGUGACUCCAAUUUCAACACAGACAGAAAAACCCGCUUUAUUAUUCAUGGAUUCAUAGACAAGGGAGAAGAAGGCUGGCUGGCCAGUAUAUGCCAGAAACUGUUCCAGGUGGAAAGUGUGAACUGUUUCUGUGUGGACUGGAAAAGUGGCUCCCGAACUGGAUACACACAGGCCUCACAGAAUAUCCGGAUUGUGGGUGCAGAAGUGGCUUAUUUUGUUGAAGUUCUUCAGUCUUCAUUUGGAUACUCACCUUCCAAUGUUCACAUCAUUGGCCACAGCCUGGGUGCCCACGCUGCUGGUGAGGCCGGAAGGAGGACCAAUGGAACCGUUGGACGCAUCACAGGGUUGGAUCCAGCUGAACCUUGCUUUGCGGGCACACCUGAGUUAGUCCGACUGGAUCCCAGCGAUGCCCAGUUUGUGGAUGUAAUUCACACAGAUGGUGCUCCCAUAAUCCCCAAUCUGGGUUUUGGAAUGAGCCAAACUGUGGGCCACCUAGAUUUCUUUCCGAAUGGAGGAAUAGACAUGCCCGGGUGUCAGAAGAACAUUCUCUCUCAGAUUGUUGACAUAGAUGGGAUCUGGGAAGGAACUCGUGAUUUUGUGGCCUGUAAUCACCUAAGAAGCUACAAAUAUUAUGCUGACAGCAUCGACAAUCCUGAUGGCUUUGCUGGAUUCUCUUGUUCCUCUUACAGUGUUUUCAGUGCAAACAAGUGCUUCCCCUGUCCAAGUGGAGGCUGCCCACAGAUGGGCCAUUAUGCUGAUAGAUUUCGUGGAAAAACAAAUGAUGUGGGCCAGAAAUUUUAUCUAAACACUGGUGAUGCCAGUAAUUUUGCCCGUUGGAGGUAUAAAGUAACUGUCACACUGUCUGGAAGAAAAGUUACAGGACAUGUGCUGGUUUCCUUGUUUGGAAAUAAAGGAAACUCUAAGCAGUAUGAAAUUUUCAAGGGCUCUCUCAGACCAGAGAGUACUCAUUCCAAUGAGUUUGACGCAGAUGUUGAGGUUGGGGACGUGCAGAAGGUUAAAUUUAUUUGGUAUAACAACGUGAUCAACCCAACUCUACCCAGAGUGGGAGCAUCUAAGAUCACAGUGGAAACAAAUGAUGGAAAACUGUUCAACUUCUGUAGUCUAGAAACUGUGAGGGAGGAAGUUCUGCUCACUCUCACUCCAUGUUAGGAGGCUGCUGUCAUUUGACCACUGAGUCUUACUGCUAAUAAAAUCUAAUGGUAAUAAAAUGCAUU